AUGAACCUCACCAGGCCCAGGGCCUCUCUGGCCUACGUGCUGGGAACGACCGGUCUGGCAUCAACUUUCACGGUCACGAUUCUCGACGGGGUAUGCUAUGCAUUUGCCAAAUCUCUCCCGUCUCAUAUAUCCGCCAUCGAGUCCGCCAUCGUCAGCCUGAGUGUGAUUAGCUGCCUUGCACUUUUCGCGUUGGUAUCAAUCUGGGUGUCCGACAUUGAGAACGGACUUCGCCGGCAGUGGAAAGGCUGGAGAGCCAUCACCUAUGGCAUUGCCAUAGCCUAUUUUUCCCUGGCCACCGGGAUCACGGCGGGGGCAAUAGCGUGGAGCGCCGUCCAAUCCAUCACAGAGGCCGAUAAGUCCCACCUGACUCCGAAGCAGCGGACUCUGAUGGUCGUCCGCUGUGUGAUAUGGGCCAUUUCCGUCCUGAGUCAGGGGUUACUUGGAGGAUACCUCCUCAUGUCGAUGUCCAAAAGAGGACAGCGUAUUCAAUGGCCGAGCUCGUUCUCGCAGGAGCUUGAAAUUCUCCCGGACCACACCAGCAUCAGGCCCAGCAGCCCGUCCAAGACGCCGUCGUUGGUCAUCACGGAUUCCCAGCGCGAGGAGGACCGCAGUAGGACCAACCAGGAGCUCGAAGCCUCGGCUCAGCCAUCCGCCUCGAGUGCGGCGUCCCUGGUCUCUCAUCGGUACUCUGGCAGAACCUUGACUCAGCACGAAUCGAAACGAAGUUCUUUCGAUCAGAACCCGCAGCAUCCAUCCGUCCCGGAGGGGGCCGUGACUCGCAGCAAGAUCAGCGGGUGCUCUGAUGACCACUCGCAGAAGCUCCAGCGCCGACACUCCGAAGUCAAACGGUCGUUCGACAGCCUCAUCCUGCGGACCGCGUCCGGGCGGUCGUCGCCGGCCAGCAAUUUGCUCCAGCCAGAAGUGUCCCGGGGAUCAGCCGCCCCAACCCUGACGGUGGCGGACGAAAGUCACAUCCACCCAUUGUUUCGUACAGACAGUCCGUCGCCCGCCCCGACUCCGACGCCCGGCACCGUCGUCAUCGCGUCGCCCGCCGCAGGGCAGAUCAUCUCGGUCAAGACCCUGAACCGGGUGCGAUCCACCAACUCGCUGCGGUCUCAUAGCACCCGAAGUCGGUCCCCCUUGUUUGAGCGAAUGGAUCAUCCGGACGAUGCGUCGGCACGAAGACCAGCGCCUUCUGGGGAAAACAGCCAGCAGCGUGAUCUGGCCAUCCCCAGUUUUAUCAUGGCUGCCGACAUACGGAGAAGCAUCACCCGGUACGAGAAAAAGUACGAUUUGCAUGAAUCCCCUCACGAGAGUUAG